CUGCUCUUUCUCUGUCUUUUUUCAGCUUAAACGAACAAACAAAAAUAUUAAACGUCGAUAACCUUUUAGCAUUUUGAUUGUAUAGGGACUUUGAAGUCUAAGCCUCAUGAAUUGCAAUAAUAGCUUUAUUACAAUUUCAUCCGACUUGAUGAAGAGUUAACAUAAACUGCAGCUUUAAAAUGAAAUCGUUUAUAAUUUUAACUUUAAUAGCACUUACCACUGCUGAAUGGACCCUUAAAACGCAAGAUGAAUGGCUUAAAAUUCGAGAAGAUUGUAAUACCCGUUUCAAUGUACCGAAUGAAUUGAUAGAAAAAAGCAAAAACGAUAAAUAUCCACCUAAAGAAGUUUUAGCAAAUGUUUUAUGUUAUUUAAAAGGUUUGGAAAUUUGGAACGAUUCAGAUGGAUUCUUAGUCCAUCGAAUUAUGAUUGGUCUUGAAAAUGUUGCAAAAAAGAUUGAAAAUUAUAAUGCAAAAUUAUUGCAAGAAGGACUAAAGAGCUGUAUCAAUCAAAAUAGCGAAGGAACUACAACUUUUGAUGGAGCAUAUCGUUGUUUUAAGUGUUUUAUUGAUAAUACAUUAUUUGUUUGAAGCUUUGAAGAAGACAUCUUUUUACCAGGAAUAAUGAAGAAAUGAUGAAGGAAUCGAAUACGAAGGAAAUAUUUAUAAGCCAGAAGUGGUAAAAUUUAUAUUAAUUUUUUAAAUAUUUCUUUUAAUAAUAAUUCAAAUUUAUUCAACAUUUUACUUUUGUGAUUACAAUUGUAUUUUUUCCAGUGCAUUUAACAAGGACAAUAAAACAAAUACCUCACCAAGAAAAGGCCAUUGAGAAUUUGAAAUUGUUGAUCUUUUA